CACAAAAACAAUCUCAAACAUUAAAAUUACACCUCAACAACGUUCGUUUUCAGUUUCUACACAAAAAAAAAAAAAAACCCACAUCUAUGAGCCAGACCGACAGAAACAGAAGGAACAGAACUUCUUAUCUGUUGAUAUAGUACUUUGGUUGUUUAUCUUUUUUGGACAGAUUAUUACUAUUACAGUAAUUUCAUUUUUACACACUUUAAAAACUCAAGGAAUCACAACGUCCCUUUUUGCCUAUUUUGCAGAGUCAUAAAUAUAAAUGAAAAACCAUUUCUUUUCAAUUUUCAUUUCGUUCUGGGUUCUUUUUUUGGUUUUACUGUGAAUGAAAAGUUUGAACGGGGGUGAUCUAUUCGACGCGUUAACGGAGAUGGACUCUGAUUUUCCACCGGGGGACGGGGAGCGGGGAGCCGGGCCACAUAGUCAUCACGGGUCGGACUCGGAUUUUGGGUUCGCUUUCAACGAUAGUAACUUCUCCGACCGGGUCCUGCGAAUUGAGAUUCUUCCUGAUUUGCCCGACUCCAAAUCCGACUCCGAUGGCUGUUCCACCAUUGCUGAUUGGGCUCGCAACCGCAAGCGCCGCCGUGAAGAUAUUAAGAAAGACGCCGAUGCAGAUGUUAUGCAGCGUGAGGAGCAAAUUUUGAAUUGCAAUAUGCCGGAUACAGAUGAUGCUGUUCCUUAUGAAAAUGAAAAUCAAGAUGAGGAAGCUGUAGCGAUGAUCGAGGAACCACCCCAAGGCAUUGGAAUGGCACCCGACCAACUUGAUGACGAAGCUACUGAGGAAAGUGACUCAUCCUUGAAUAUGGAUUGUUCUACUGCACUUACCGUUAAGACUAUACACAUCAGUUCACCUAUUUUGGCAGCUAAAAGUCCUUUUUUUUACAAACUAUUCUCGAAUGGUAUGAAGGAAUCAGAGCAACGGCAAGUUACUCUUCGAAUUCAUGCAUCUGAAGAAGCUGCUCUCAUGGAUCUCCUGAGUUUUAUGUACAACAAUAGUUUGUCGACAACAGCACCUUCUGCUUUGUUGGAUGUUCUAAUGGCUGCUGACAAGUAUGAGGUUGCGUCAUGCAUGAGAUACUGCAGUCGCUUAUUGCGUAACUUGCCCAUGACCUGUGAGUCAGCUCUACUUUAUUUGGAUCUUCCAUCAAGUGUGUCGAUGGGUGAUGCAGUUCAGCCGCUGACUGAUGCCGCAAAACAAUUUCUUGCUUCACGUUACAAGGACGUAACAAAGUUCCAAGAAGAGGUAUUGAAUUUACCUUUAGCUGGAAUUGAGGCAGUUUUGUCUAGUGAUGAUCUUCAAGUUGCAUCAGAGGAUGCUGUUUAUGAUUUUGUGUUGAAGUGGGCUCGCAUGCAUUAUCCGAAACUGGAUGAGCGUCGAGAUAUAUUGGGCAUGCGACUUGCUCGCUUGAUUCGCUUCCCAUACAUGACUUGUAGAAAGCUGAAGAAAGUUCUGACUUGCAAUGACUUUGAUCCCGAACUUGCUUCCAAACUUGUAGUUGAUGCUCUCUUUUUCAAAGCUGAACCACCAUAUCGUCAGCGCACUUUUAUUGCUGAAGAGUCCAAUGCCUCUUAUCGUCGUUUUGUGGAGCGAGCAUACAAGUACCGACCAGUAAAAGUCGUGGAGUUUGAAGUGCCUCGUCAACAAUGUGUCGUGUACCUUGAUCUCAAGCGAGAAGAGUGUGUGAAUCUCUUUCCGGCUGGACGUAUAUAUUCACAGGCUUUCCAUUUGGGCGGGCAAGGGUUUUUCUUGUCUGCACAUUGCAACAUGGAUCAACAGAGUUCUUUCCAUUGCUUUGGUCUGUUCCUGGGCAUGCAGGAGAAAGGGUCAGUAUCUUUUGCUGUUGACUACGAGUUCGCCUCAAGAUCAAAGCCUAACGAUGAUUACGUGAGCAAGUACAAAGGAAACUACAAAUUUACUGGAGGAAAAGCAGUUGGUUAUCGGAACCUAUUUGGUGUUCCCUGGACAGCAUUUGUGGCUGAUGAUAGUCAAUACUUCAUCAAUGGGAUUCUACAUCUCAGGGCUGAGCUUACAAUCAAGCAGUGAACUCAUCAACUAUGUGUUGAGGUGCAUUGCUUACCGAGUAGUGGGACUAAUCUGUUUUAGAGUUAGUAAACUAGUAAUCUGCGUAGGCUUAUGUGCAGUAGAGCUAUAAAUAGGUUUCAAAUUUCCUGGAGAUAUAACCAAGACAGUCGAAGAGCGAAUUCUUCUAGAUAUUUUGCAUUGCACUAUAAAUCUUAUGAAUGUACAUAAAAGUGGAAAAGUAUGUAUUCUGAACUAAUUUGCGAAUGUCCUGCAAGGCUGAUCUUGUUAGAAAUUAACUACCACAGUCUGCUUGUAUUUUCCAUCUCUUCUGCUAUACUUACGGUCAAUGCAACAGUUGGUUUCCACAUGGAACACAAUAGAUACAUUUGUGUGCCAGCUUAAUAGAUGAUGAUCAAUAUUUUAUCAGAUGGUAUUGGUUGUACCCGUUAUCAUUUGUCUAUUGACUCGUAAGGUUCGUUCAUUCCAG